GGUCACAACCAUGUCUUUUGCACAUAUAAUAUUUUUCACUUUUAUAUUCUUGAGCUCAACCGCGGCUUUUGCACAGAAACCACCACCUAAUUUUGCCUGUGACAUCGAUGCCAAUCCCGCGCUGGCUCAAUUCGCAUUCUGUGACAAGAAGAAGCCGAUUGGCGAGAGAGUGGCAGACUUGGUGAAGAGGAUGACAUUGCAGGAGAAAAUUGCGAACCUGGUGAACAAAGCAGGGGAAGUGAGUAGGCUUGGAGUUCCGGCCUACGAGUGGUGGUCCGAGGCCUUACAUGGAGUCUCUAACGUUGGUCCCGGGACACGAUUCGCUCCUCCUGUUCCUGGAGCUACUAGUUUCCCUAUGCCCAUCACCACUGGCGCUACUUUCAACGUUUCGCUGUUUGAAAUCAUUGGAAGAGUGGUUUCCACUGAAGCCAGAGCAAUGCACAAUGUUGGUUUAGCUGGAUUGACCUACUGGUCCCCAAACAUCAACAUAUUCAGGGACCCCAGAUGGGGAAGAGGCCAGGAAACUCCGGGGGAGGAUCCAUUGCUGACAAGCAAAUUCGCGGCAGCUUAUGUUACCGGUCUACAACGCCCUGAUCAGUUAGGUAAUCCGGAGAGGCUUAAGAUCGCGGCUUGCUGUAAACAUUAUACAGCAUAUGAUGUAGAUAAUUGGAAAGAGUUUGAUCGAUACCAUUUCAAUGCUGUGGUAUCAAAGCAAGAUUUGGAAGAGACGUUUCAACCCCCAUUCAGGAGCUGUGUUCUUGAUGGACAUGUUGCCAGUGUCAUGUGUUCCUACAACCAAGUUAAUGGCAUACCAACCUGUGCUGACCCAAACCUCCUGGCAGGAACAAUCCGAGGCCAGUGGAAAUUAAAUGGAUACAUAUCUUCAGAUUGUGAUUCACUGGAUGUGUUUUUCAAAAGCCAAAACUACACUAAAACACCAGAGGAGGCUGCAGCCAUGGCCCUAAACGCAGGGUUGGAUCUAAAUUGUGGAGACUUCCUAGGCAAACACACUGAAGGUGCAGUGAAAUCUGGAUUACUAAAGGAGGCAGUGGUUGAUAGGUCUGUCUCAAACAAUUUUGCAACAUUGAUGCGGCUUGGGUUCUUCGAUGGCAACCCCACGAAGGGUGAAUAUGGGAAGCUAGGCCCCCAGGACGUGUGCACCCCAGCGAACCAGGAGCUGGCUCGUGAAACGGCUAGGCAAGGAAUUGUGUUGCUCAAGAACACUCCCGGAUCACUUCCUCUAAAUCCUACUGCUAUCAAGUCCUUGGCAGUAAUUGGGCCCAAUGCCAAUGCCACACUAGCCAUGAUCGGCAACUAUGCAGGCAUUCCUUGCUCUUAUACGAGUCCUCUGCAAGGUCUCUCAGCUUCGGUUAAAACCACCUACGUUCCUGGCUGUGACAUAGCAUGUGCAGGCAGACCACAACUCGUGGAAGCUAAGAAAGCAGCAGCUGAAGCAGACGCUACUGUUCUGGUAGUGGGAGCCGAUCUAUCCAUUGAAGCAGAGGCCAGAGACAGGGAAAGUAUUAAUCUUCCGGGAAGGCAACCUCAAUUGGUUUUCGAAACUGCAAAUGCAGCCAAGGGACCUGUCAUUCUUGUUGUGAUGUCUGGAGGGAGCAUGGAUAUUCAAUUUUGUAAAGAUAAUAAAAAAGUAACAAGCAUCCUCUGGGUUGGUUACCCUGGUCAACAUGGUGGUGCAGCCAUUGCAGAUGUGAUCUUCGGCCGGUACAAUCCAAGUGGAAGGCUACCCACGACAUGGUAUCCACACACAUACGCAGAGCAGUACCCCAUGACAAACAUGAACAUGAGAGCAGACAAGGCCUCGGGAUUCCCUGGCCGGACCUACAAGUUCUACACCGGUCCAACCAUCUACUCGUUUGGGGACGGUCUAAGCUACUCUCCUUUCGUCUACCACGUAUAUUCAGCAUCAAAGGUAAUCGAACUGCACUCAGGCCAAAAGGGCAAUGUUAAGUGCAUUGAAGCUGUUGGAAAGGUCUGUGAGAAGUCGAUUAUCGACGUCCAUUUGGGGGUGAAGAACAUGGGGCAAAUGGCCGGAAGCCAUACGGUUUUGCUGUUUUCGACACCCCCUCCAAUGCACAAUCCGCCACAGAAGAUGUUGGUGGCCUUUGAGAAGGUGUUUUUGAAGCCACAAGAAGAGGCUAUAGUGAGGUUGUUUCCAACUAUGUGCAAGGAAAUGAGUGUGGUUGAUGAGCAAGGCAACAGAAAAAUAAACUUGGGACAAUAUCAACUUCAAGUGGGAACAGAAAAAAUUACCUUGGAAGUGAGGCCCUGAAAUGGGAUUCUCAAGUGCCAUGGCUAUUCUUUUUCUUCUUCUAUUUCUUGGAAGAAAUUGAAAAAAAAUAUAUAAAGAAAUCCCAAGUAAAAUCGGAUUUUUUCUUUUUCAUUUUUCAUUUUUUUUUGGGAAGGCUAGAGGCAUAUAAAGUGGAAAUUGAGCCACAAAUAAUUGAGAGAGAGUUGUUAACAAUUUUUGUGAACCUCUUCAAACAUUUUCUUGUAGAUAAUCAAAUUUUGAAAUGGGAAUGAAAGUUAUUUCCUUUUAUUUUCAA